AUGCCUUCUCUCGAACCAAUUCGGCCCAGAAACCAGCCCAUUGAUUCAGGGUCCGAAGACGAAGCGGACCCUGAGCUGGUGGAGCUGCUUCGCCAGCAUCUUGGGCUAAGCGGUAAGCCAAACAAGGCUGCUCCGCCGGAGACUAAAGUACUGGAGAAUGCUCAGUAUGUAUUUGACAAUGCCAUUGAUGUGGCUCUCAGCUUGACACACACCAAAGAUGCGGCCGAGACAAUAUGGCGUAUGAUGCAGAAGAAGGCAUACUCCACACAGACCUGGUCAGAGCAUGAAUUGCACCCGCAAACCAAGGAUGAAAGUACAGUGGACUUUGUGUUCACGAUGGAUCUCCUGAAUUUCAGUUUCUGGUCCGAGCAUAAAGAGGAGAAACGCUUUGCAAUCGAGUACCGAGGAAAGAAGUGGACUGGUUAUUGGAGUCUAGUGGCUGCUCUUCAAAGAGCGCUUGAUGAAGGUAUUCCUAUCACUACCCCCGAUUUUUGGGUGAACGAGUCGGAAUGCACAGAGGAAGUUCUUCGACAUGUCUUCCGGUCUGCUACGGACGAGGAGAUUCCUCUAUUCCAAGAACGAGUACAGUGUUUACGGGAGGCUGGUGAUGUUUUGUGCAACGAAUAUGGAGGCAGCUUUGUAAAUUGCAUCGACAGCGCCAACUAUUCUGCUGCUGGCCUCGUCAAUCUGCUUACGGAGAGCUUUGACUGUUUCCGUGAUGAGACAGUCUUCCACGGCAAACGAGUGCGACUAUACAAGCGAGCCCAGAUUCUGGUCGCGGACCUAUGGGCCUGCUUCGAUGGCGAGGACUUUGGAGAGUUUCACGACAUUGAUAAGAUUACCAUGUUUGCAGACUACCGCAUUCCGCAGAUGCUGCACCAGCUUGGGUGUUUGCGCUUCUCGCCCCCAUUGGAAAGCCAUAUCCGCAACCAGAAGCUGUUGAAGCCAGGCUCCAACUGGGAAAUCGAGCUUCGUGGUGCCAGUAUCUGGUGUGUUGAGCUGAUUAAGCGUGAGAUUGAAAAGCGGCACCCGGAGGUCAAGACCGCUGGCAAGUCCGACAAGACUGGUGAGCCCGAGAGCGAGGAUUCCGAUGAGGCCAUUGAAAUCGACGAGAAGCCGCACAAAACCUACGGUAUCAAUGCGAUUCUCAUUGACUUUUUCCUAUACGACACAAUGAAGGAUUUGGAGGCGGAGCAUAGUGAGAGCAUUCCUCACCACCGGACACGGAGCAUUUGGUACUAA